UAUUUUAAGAGCGUACUAUGCGCAAUCGGCCUCGGCGCCCACAGCGAAAGUGCGUUGAAUAUGCCGCGGAGCGCGUCUCCGCCCCAAUCCAGUUCGCUCGCAGCGCCCUCGCACUAUUUUUCCACACGUGGCGCCUCAGCGGCAGAGCGCCGUUUGGCCCACUCGACCAUUGUCUAGUACACUCUAGGUGGAGUGUAGUAGAAAACGUCGUGACGUGAUGGUGACGCAGACACUUCUAAGGCGAAAACGUAUCAAGCCAAUUCAGAUCAGACAAAGAUCCGAUCCAAUCCAGUAUGAACACAUUUGUAUGGCGGCAAGCGUAGUGCACUUGUUUCGCUCACCAGUGUAGUGAAAAUGUUAUCGCUCGUCCAAAUGACUGUGGCGAAAUUACUGAGAACUCAAGCAGUCCGCAGCUGCUGCCUGUGGGCGACCAGUGCGCGUUCGUGCGCCGACGCCGCGAGUUUCCGGAACAUGAGCGUCGUGCUGGACGAUCAGCGUGCGGGUCCCUUGCGGCAGUCCGCCGUGCUACGAGUGCGGCUGCCGUGCUCCCUCGCUAUUUCGGCCGUCGACGUAGGCGACGACUCGGCAGCGGUGACCGCGACGCUGAUGGGCGCGCGGCCGCAGCUGUUCCUCGGCGGCGAGUCGCCGAUCGCCCUUUCGAUCGACGCGACCGGCGCGGCGCACCUUUCCAUGACCGGCAGCGUGGAUGGAGGAGCGGCGGCGCGUCCGGACUUGCUAUGCCGACUGCGCGUGCCCUUCAUGACGAGUAUCGAUGUAGACCUGUCAGGAUGUGCCCAGGCAACGCUUGAAAACCUAGUCCUGGACCAAUGCAGAAUUCGGACAGAUGGAUCAGGGGACAUUACACUGUCCAAUGUCAAGGCGAAUGCUGUGAUGCUCAGCGUGGAGAAUGGUUCCAUUAAAGCCACAGGUGCUGUGCAGGGAAACCUGGAAGCUGUAGCUCAAGGAUCAGGGGGCUUCAAGGCUCAGCGGUUUUUGGCGAAUUGCCUCAAGGUGAAGACUUCAGCGGGGCAGCAGCAAAUGUCUGCGGUCUAUGCUGAGAAAGCAUGCCUGGACUCAACAGAGGGUGCCAUUCACAUAGGGACCCUGCAUAGCCAAGAUGCUGCACUCACGUCUGAGUCAGGUGCCAUCACUUUGGGGGGCCUUGACGGUGAGCGGUGUGUUGUGACGACUGACUCUGGAGAUGUCUCAGUUGUGGUCACUCACAGCCAGCACCUCAGCAUCGCGACAGAGUCUGGAAAUGUGACCCUCAGCUUGUCUGCACCCUGUAACGUGAAUGCAGAUGCACCUGUGAUGAAGUCAGACUUCGAUGACUUGUCACCAGAAGCUGUCCACUCCCCUACUGAACCUCAGAUCACCGCCAAAACUCGCUUUGGGAGUGUGAUCAUAAAGAAGCAAGACUGGAUCACUUCGCUCAAUCUUAGCGGAGGAGGGUAAAAGAGGGGCGGCUGAGUGGGUCGCCUGAGGUGUUUGCACUGCCAUCUCUAGAGCCACGCAUGUCGCGUCGCUCGAUUUCUCAGUCUGGUUUUAUCCUCUGAGAAAGCAAGCUAAGAACAUCUGCUUCCCAUUUCUGUCGGAGGCUGUGGCAAUAAGUAGUGUUGAGGUAAAUGGCACCAGUGCAAGAACUAGAAAUGAAGAUUUAGGUUAUCUCUACAGUGAAAUAAAAGAAGAGCAUUGACCAA